CUUUCUGCCCCCCCGGGGGCGGUCCCGGGGCGGGGCCAGGGCGGCAGUUGGGGCUUUGGUAACCGGGGGUUGCUCAGACUUGCUCGGGACUUCCCCGGACGUGCCGGUGCGCUCCGCCGCCCCGGGCACCGACGGGCACCGGAGCAGGCCAUGCCGCCGCCGCCGCUGCUGCCGAUGCUGCCGCUGCUGCUGCUGCUCUGGCCGCGCCUGCCCCGCGCCGACCCGCUCUCCUACCCCGCGGUGAUUUCCCCGCAGGACCCCACGCUGCUGAUCGGCUCCUCGCUGGUGGCCACGUGCACGGUGAGCCCGGACAUGCCGCUCAAGGCCGAGGAUCUGUACUGGACGCUGAACGGGCGGCGCCUCCCGGCCGCCUCCUACGCCGCCCUGGGCCCCUCCACGCUCAGCGUGGCCCUGGCCCGCCUCAACGGCUCCAGGCAGCAGUCGGGGGACAACCUGGUGUGCCACAGCAGAGACGGCGGCAUCCUGGCCGGCUCCUGUCUCUAUGUUGGAUUACCCCCAGAAAAACCAGUCAACAUCACUUGCUGGUCCAAAAACAUGAAGGACCUGACCUGCAAGUGGGCGCCCGGGACAGAAGGGGAGACCUUCCUGCACACCAACUACACCCUCAAGUACAAGCGCAGGUGGUACGGCCAGGACAACACCUGCCAGGAGUACCACACGGCCGGCACCUACUCCUGCCACAUCCCCAAGGACCUGGCCCUCUUCACGCCCUACGAGAUCUGGGUGGAGGCGUCCAACCGCCUGGGGGUGGCCGUGUCCGACGUGGUCAUGCUGGACAUCCUGGACGUGGUCACCACGGACCCGCCGUCGGACGUGCACGUCAGCAGGGUGGGCGACCUGGAGGACCAGCUCAGCGUGCGCUGGAGCUCCCCGCCGGCCCUCAAGGAUUUCCUCUUCCAAGCCAAGUACCAGAUCCAAUACCGGGUGGAGGACAGCUCCGAGUGGAAGGUGGUGGAUGAUGUGGGCAACCAGACCUCGUGCCGCCUGGCCGGCCUGCGCCCCGGCACCGUCUACUUCGUCCAGGUGCGCUGUAACCCCUUCAGCAUCUACGGCUCCAAGAAAGCCGGGAUCUGGAGCGACUGGAGCAACCCCACGGCCGCCUCCACGCCGCGCAGCGAGCGAGUGGCGGGGGGCUGCGACGCCAAAGGGGGGGAGCAGAACACGACGCUGCGGCGGGAGCUGAAGCAGUUUUUCGGCUGGGUGAAGAAGCACGCCUACGGCUGCUCCAACCUGGGCAUCAAACUCUACGACCAGUGGCGCGUGUGGCUGCAGAAAUCGCACAAAACACGCAACCAGGUAGGUAAGGAGCCUUUCGCACUUCUUCUCCCCGGCUGGGGGCGCAGCGCGGCCCCGCGGCCCUGGCGGAUGGGGUGGGCUGAGGCUGGGGGGCCGGGCUGGCCCAGCCCCGGGGGCUCUGUGGGACCCUGGCCCCGCGGCAGCGAGGGGACCCCCCAGCCCUGCCCGGCCGGGGGAGGCACCGAGGCUUUGCUCCGCCAGCCGGAGCAGCCUCUGGGAUGA